AGGAAGGAGGGGGAGAAGCCGCCACGCGUCUGCUUGGUGGAAGGGUUGCCAUGACGAAGUUUAAGGACGCCACUGUCCGGUCGAGCCGCGAAGCGGGUUACACGCUUUGCCUUUGCCGUCGGUCUUCCGUCCGGCUGUAGGGACAGGAUUUCGCCUCCGAACCCGAACUUCGCGGGUACCAAGUGCAGUGCGAGGCGGAGGGGAAAUCGAGGUGUCUCCUUCUGGCUUUUUCAAUGGCGGUCGUGCGAUCCCGCCCCGAGCUUUAUCGUUGGCGACGUUUCAAUCAGCCUGCAUCGCGGCAAAAGGUACAGUUUGAUGCUGACAAUGUAGAGCACUGGAUUAAGCGGGUGGAACAAGCCUCUGAAUUUGCUGUUUCUGAAGCUUUUUCAUCAAAAAAACCAUCCUAUUCUCAAGGGUUUCAUGGUCCAGUGAUGGAUUUGGAAACAACAGAGCAGCUGCUAGGUCAUGAUGAAGCAUAUGUAGAAGCUCAAGAAUUGCUUAAUGACUGGAUGAAUUCAAAACUGAAACUGGAACUGGCAAGUGAUGAAGAUAACGCUGUUCAGAAUUCAGCUUCUCACUCUGUUCCUUUACAAGAGCCCAUCGCUGGCUUUCAGAAGUAUAAAAAAUUUGAUGAUUUCUAUGGUUAUUUGGAGCAAGAGGUGGAAAGCACCACAGUGCAAGAUUUUUUACAGCAUCUAUUGCAAAGUGAAAUUGUAAAUUCUGGUGUACUGGAAGACCUUAAAACUGAAAGCAUCAGAGAGAAAAAGAAACCCAGAGACCUACGAAUUACCAUGGAGCUAAGGCAUAAACAGGUAAAAGAAAAUCGCUUGAGACGGCAGAAGGAGCUUGAACUUCUAAAACAAGAAAAGGCCUUGAAAAAGUUUGCAAUAUCAGAGGCUCAAAAGCAGUUGCAAGAGGAGAAUAAGAGGAAAGCUCUGAAAGCCAAAAAAGAAGAAGAAGAAAUCCAAAAACAGAUGGUAAUAUUGCGGAAGGAGUUGGUACAGAAAAGACAUCUUAUGGAAGAAGCACGGAAAAUGGAAAGAAAGAGACACGGUUUAAAAAAAAUUCAAAAUCUGAUAGAAGUUGGCGUGCCUCCUGCUGGGCUUACCUACCUGCAUUGUGACAAUGAAGGACAAAAGAAGGAGAAACAAGCCCAAAAGCAGGAGUUGCUGAGCAAGAUCAACAUUGCUGAUCAGAAGUGCCUACGGAAGUAUUUCUCUGCCUGGUACAAGCUUAUUCUGGAUCUCAGAAUUAAGGUGGGAAAAGCAAGAGCCCUUGCUGAGUGGAACUGCCAGCUGAAGGUUUUGCGAGCCUGGAGAGGUUAUUCAUGGUCUCGCAAAGUGGAGAAGGAAACUCAAAACAUGGAAAAUCAGCUUCGGGAUCAAAAUAGGAAAAAACAGUUGGCUAUAGAGUUCAACCGGAAAUGCAUUUUGCGCCAUUGCUUUGCUGAAUGGCAAUGCUGGAGCCGAUUAGAGGUGGAAAAGAGAGUUCUAGAGGUGAAAAAAGAAAAAAUGAGAAAUAAAAUGGCAAAUCUCUUGGAAGAAGUAUCACUGGGGCAACUAACGUCAAAUUUCUCAAGACCUACCAAGAAAAUCCAUGAGACAGAAGUUACCCAGGAUAAACCUGCAAGUGAUACAGAGAUGACUGAAGUACCGUUUGUUCAGAAUGACCCCACAGUUGCAAAAUUUGAAAGAGAACAUUCCUACUCUCCAGGGACAAGUAGGAAAUGCAAUCUCCAUUUACCAAGUCAACCAAAAUGGGCAUGGCAAGUCACCAGGAAACAUGCUGCUUUGAAUGUUCAGGACCAUGUCAGGUUUGGGAACCAAACAAAGCAUUCUCAGCAGCAUCUUGGUCCAUCAAAACAAAAAAAAUCCCUUGCUGGCCCCCUGGAACAGCAACAUCUGAUUGAAGAACAGCGACGGCAGCUUCAAGAGCAGCAAGAGCUGAUCCAUAAACUUCAGGGAAUUCAGAGGCAACAUACUGCUUGGGAGGAGGCUAAGCAAACCACAGCUGCUACCAUGGCACUUAACAUUCACACUCCAAAAAUUAAGGAAGAAAAACAGUUGAGAGAAAAUCAAUCAAAUUACAAGAUCACUAAACCUGUAAGGUCAGAAAAUCAGCCAGUCAUUCAAAGGAGAAGGUCUUUGAAAGUGCUAGUCACACUGCAUCCCUUGCUCAAAGCUAUGGAAGAGAGAGCAAUUCAGCGAGCAGAACGGAGGAGGCAAUUGGAAGAAGCCAAGAAAAAGCGAGAAGAAGAGAAACUGGCUGAGAUGCAAGCCAAAGAAGAAGAACGUCAGAGGCAAGAAGCAGCAGAAAAAGAGGCUAAAUUAGAAAAGAGGCGAAAGGAGAAGAGAUUGCAGCAAAUGAAAGAAGUGGAAAAACAGAGAAGGCUAGAGAGAGAACAGCAACUUUUAUCCAAAGCAGAAGACCAUUACAUUAAGGUUUUGCUCAAGAAGCAGGGGUUAGAACCCUGGAAAAGACUUAUAAAGCAAUCUGAAGAAAAUAUGGUGAUGGCACAAAGGCAUCACUGUACCAGGUUGCAGCAGAAGUGUCUUCUUGCCUGGCUUCAUCAUGUGCAAGAGAUCCUUUCCAGAAAAAUAGCUCAGGCUGAGGAACUUUAUUCCUAUCAAUUGCUUAGAAGGUCCUUAAGGAGCUGGAUAAAGUAUAGGGACUACAUACUUAUUCUGGAAGACAUUGCAAGCAAAGUCCAUGAAACUGCCCUAAAGAAGAAGUUAUUUGGGGCUUGGCUUGAUUUGGUGAAUGAGGAGAAAAGUACAUUGUGGGAAAAACAAAAGACUGCAGGUCAAUACUGUAAUAGGAGAAUAUUACUACUUGCAUUCAGAGCCUGGCAACAGUACCCAGAAGAGAUGAAACAUGAAAGAGAAAAAGAAGAAAGACUAGGAAAGCUAAGAAAGAGAGUGGCUGAAAUUUUGCCAGAUUUCCAAGCAUGACAAAAGGAUUUCAGACCAGAGGACAAAUGGAACCUGGAAGGGAAAAAAAGUCCAUGUGACCAAUUCUCUGGUUGAGACUGACUCUGUAGCACCAUUUCAGCAAUCUCAUCUCUGUGUGCCUUUUUCCUUCUAUCAACAACAUGGCAGCAUCUUUGGUUUGCAAGGGAAUUCCCACUGAAUGUCUGCUUUGCAAUUGGAAUUGGCCUUAAGCUCAGAACUUGUCUUUUGCUGUAUAGCUGUUGAGAUCCCACAGGGUGAACACAGUGAGGGUCCUUAAUGUUUACAUACACUUACAUCAAGACAUUUUCUUGCUGUCUACCCCAAACAGCUGUAAUAUAAAUGCAAAAACAACUAGUUAACCAAUACUAGCUGUGCCUGGUCUUGUCCCUAGCUGCUGGUGAGACAGUCAGUUUCCACAUGGUUGGAAUAUACUUCCAUGCCCUCUAGCAUCAUAAGAUCUUACCAAGGGAAGAAGUUCAGCCCUUCUGUGUGUAAUUCUAAAGGCAGUCUAGAGUUGGUAUUAAAAACUAACAUCAGACAGUGAUUUUAUUGGUACAAGUUAGUUUGCUGCAGAAAUCUUGCUUCUCAUUUCUGAAUUACCUUUCCUCCCUUCUAGAUAAUGUCUUCACUGCACGCAGCAUUUUUUUAGUAUCACACAUACCAUAAAACCAGAUCAUACAAUCAAUUAUUUUAUAAACGCUUGGGGAUUAUUCAGUUUAAGCGUAGGCUUUUAAAGGGAUGGAAGGUUUCUUUGUCCAUCAUUGAUGCAAAGAUGAUUUUAUUGUCAGCCAUAUAAGAUGCAUAUUGGCCCUGGUUUUCAUAUUCAACUACCCAAAAUAAAUACAUUUUUGGUAGCUUGGAAUAGAAACUUUGGCUAUUCGGGACUGUACCAGAAAAAUGCUAUAGGAAGAGUUAUAAUUAAUAUGCUGCCAGUUAUCAAACAGUAAGUUUCAGGAGUUAUAGUUCCAAUGCUCAGUGCAGCUGUGGUGAUUAACAACAAUAAACCAUCUUACACAUAUUUUCAUGUUUUAAUUACUAUAAAUUACCAUCAUAUCCUGAAUGUACAUGUGGGCUUUUUCUUUACUGAAGAAGUUGGUUGGCUGGACUGCAUCCAAAGUUGUCCAAAUAUUAUAAUUAAACUUAUUAAAUGAUUCACAAAGUCUCUGUAUGUGAUAUAUAGAUUAAAAAAAAUCCACUGACACAGGUAAGAAGCCCAAGUUAUAUCAGCCUUAUACUAAAAAAAAAAAAUACAGAAUCACUUAGCCCAGUUCAAAAAGGAUAGUGAUAAACAGAACUUCACACUGUAGAAAAACUCAGCAGAAGUCAUGCCACAGGGCAAUCAAAGCAGGAUUAAUAUUAAAAAAUAUGCCUUAAACCGAAACUGAAAUAUAAUAGGAACACUUGUAUCAUCAAAGAGAUUCCCAAGUCCUUCCCAGAUUAUAGAAUAUGUAGUAGACUUCCAUAUCCUAAGAUACCUCUGCCCUGACUGCUGCUGAUGGAUUACUGUAUUUACUGUGUGUGUCACACUAACUAGAAUCCAUCCCAGUUGUGGAAAGCCUAGAAAUUCAUCUACAGUAUUACAUUGCUGAAACCAGUGUUUCACUUUCUCAUGCUGCUAAAGGAAUCAACCAGCAAGUCAACUGAAAAACUGUUGAAUCCACAGUGCAAUCUCAGAAAAUCCAGUUUAGAGAAUGGGUGAAAAAAUAAGCCAACAGCUGAAGAGUGCUGGUAAUGUUCCUAAUUAUACAGUUAGCAAUAGUUCUGUGCUAGGUUCUAGUUCAAUUUUUCAACACCAGAGUUAAGAUGCCCCAUUUUUAGCUAGACUUCUCUGCUGUAAAAAUGUGAUUUUCAUAAAAUAUCACUGUCCUGAUUCUGAUUCCAGAUGGCCAAUUCAUUUAGGAAAUAUUUUAAAGCUGGAAUAGAGAUACCCUAAUUUAUCCAGUUUUUCAAAGAUAUGAAGUUGACAGAUUUGAUUUGCCAUCUGUGAUUCCUUAAUCUACAAGCAGGAGCCUUGAAAAGUUCAGAAAAUUUUGCAAAUUCAUCUACUCAUAGUAUCUUCAAACUAACAUGUUGUCUCUACACUGGAACCUCUUUCAAAAAAUGGUCUGCUUUUCCAUACUCUAAUCUUUUCUGUAUUGAAGGUGGGGGAGGGGGCAGCUUGAAAGGAACAAAAGAAUAUGACAAGA